AUGUUGAUCAUAGUGUCUGCAAGAGCUUCCCAGUGUGGAGUGAGUGAUGUGCAGAAGACGACUCAGAUGGACGAUAAAAAGCCAAGGAAACCGAGUUUGACUUCCUUCCCAAUUUUGAAAGCAAAAAAGAAGCAAAAUUUCACCUCUGUGAAGGUUGAAAAUAAGCCUUUGGCUCAAGUCCAGAAGCCACCCUCCAAGAUCAAGAACCUCAAAAUGACCCGACUUUUGCAUAAGGGUACAAACACCAACAUUACUUCACUCCCUUUUAUGGAUACCAAGGAGAAGAAGAAUGUGAUCAACCUCCCACACAUCAGCAACAAAAUUCUGCUGAAGCCAGAAGCCCUAAAGAAUUUUAAGAGUAAGCUGUCUCCUUAUGAGCAAAGUGAAAUCCUGGGCUACACAGAGCUAUGGUUCCUGGGGCUUGAUGCUGAGAAACUCAAUGUGGCUCCAGAGAAAUUCAGCAAGACAAGUUUUGAUGAUGAACAUGGCUCCUAUCUGAAGGUCCUGCAUGACCACAUUGCCUACCGCUACGAGGUUCUGGAGAUGAUUGGAAAAGGGUCCUUUGGACAGGUGGCCAAGUGCUUGGAUCACAAAAACAAUGAGUUGGUGGCCCUGAAAAUCAUCAGGAACAAAAAGAGAUUUCACCACCAGGCCCUGGUGGAGCUGAGGAUCCUGGAAGCCCUCAGAAGGAAGGAUAAAGACAACAAGUACAAUGUGGUACACAUGAAGGACUUUUUCUACUUCCGCAAUCACCUCUGCAUCACCUUUGAACUUUUGGGAAUCAACUUGUAUGAGUUGAUGAAGAGUAAUAGCUUUCAAGGUUUUAGUCUAUCGGUAGUUCGGCGCUUCACCCUCUCUGUCUUGAAGUGCUUGCAAAUGCUUUACGUAGAGAAAAUCAUCCACUGUGAUCUCAAGCCUGAAAAUAUAGUGCUAUACCAAAAGGGCCAAAUCGCAGUUAAAGUUAUUGACUUUGGGUCCAGUUGUUAUGAGCACCAGAAAGUGUACACCUAUAUCCAAAGCCGGUUCUACCGAUCCCCUGAAGUGAUUCUGGGUCACCCCUACAAUAUGGCCAUUGAUAUGUGGAGCCUGGGCUGCAUCUUGGCAGAGCUGUACACGGGUUACCCUCUGUUCCCGGGGGAGAAUGAGGUGGAGCAGCUGGCCUGCAUCAUGGAGGUGCUGGGUCUGCCGCCAGCCCACUUCAUUCAGAYGGCCUCCAGGAGACAGACGUUCUUUGAUUCCAAAGGUUUUCCUAAAACUAUAACCAACAACAGGGGGAAAAAAAGAUACCCGGAUUCCAAGGAUCUCACGAUGGUGCUGAAAACCUAUGACACCAGCUUCCUGGACUUUCUCAGAAGGUGUUUGGUAUGGGAACCUUCUCUUCGUAUGACCCCUGAUCAGGCCCUCAAGCAUGCUUGGAUUCAUGAGCCACGGAACCUCAAACCACGGCCCAGGCCCCAGGCCCUGAGGAAACCCAAUGUCUCUCUUCCUUCUGAGAUAAGCAAGAACAAGGUUCAAGAGUAUCAUCACUCAACCCAAACAGAUGAGACCACCAAAGAGACUGCAGACAAAAUAAAAGAUGAUGCCACUAAGAAUGUUCAGAAUUCAGCUGAUCAGCAGGGCUCUGUCCAGCACACUAUUGAGACUGUCCAGCUGCCUCCUCUAGUAGAGGAUCCCAGAAAGCCAGAGGCUGUUACUGAACCAGAGGUGGCCAAACCCUCCACAGAACAAAGUGGCCCAAGCUCCUCCUCUAGUAAUACAAACAUUUUACCACGUAUUGUAUGA